GACGAGGCGAAGAAGGCUUCCCUUGUAUGUGGAUUGUUUAGCAUCAUGUGGACCGCCAUCAUGACGAACCGAAGUCGGAACGCUCAUCGGAACUGGUCUGCAUUUAAGCCUUCAGUCGUGUCCUUUGACUUGUUUUGCGCGUCUUCCCCUCUCUAUUCUUUUCCUUAUCGUUCUCUCUACCCUUUCAGUCGCAACUAUGAUGGGACUUUCAACAUUUCUCCCCCGUGAUCCCUUGAACCUGGUAGUGCUCGCGCUCUGCGUGGUGAGCAUCUUCCUACUGGCUGUCUUCGCCAUCGCUUUCAAGCCGAAAGGUAAAGAGCCCGCAAACACUUUUCAAGCGUACUUGAAAUUCUUCUACGCGUGCUUUGUUAAGCCGCAUACUGGUGACGGAAGUGGGGACCAGCAAGAUGCUCUAGAAAGCUUUUACAAGGCUCAAGCGGACGUGUACGACGCCACACGCACGAGACUCCUCAAAGGACGAGAGGAUAUGCUGGGGCUCGUCGCAGCACAGUUGAAGCAUCGCUGUGACGCCGGAAUGAUCUCUCAGCGACCUGUCUGGGUUGAUAUCGGUGGUGGAACUGGCAACAACGUUGAACAAAUGGGCGCCUUCGUCUCGGUCCCAGACUUCUUCCGCGCAGUUUAUGUCGUAGACCUCUCACCAAGUCUUUGCGACAUGGCCCGCAAGCGCUUCGCCCGCCUGGGCUGGACGAAUGUCAAGGUCAUCUGCCAGGAUGCACGUGCCUUCCGCCUUCACGAACAUGAGCCACAAGCCCUGCAGCGCAAAGAACUCAUCUUACAAGAGCAAGCCGUGCUUGACCUUGAUGAGAAUGCCGACGCGGGUGGCGCUGAACUGGUGACUAUGAGCUAUGCGCUUUCUAUGAUUCCCGAAUUCUACCCGGUUAUUGACUCCAUGUCCUCUCUGCUGAGCCCAAAUGGCGUUGUUGGGGUGGUUGACUUCUACGUGCAGAGCAAAGUAGAAUUCGGACGCCGGAACUAUACCGGCGGUGUGGUUGGGAGGCACUGUAUGUGGAUCUCCAGGGUGUUCUGGCGGACUUGGUUCGAGAUCGACCGCGUCAAUCUUGAAGCAGCAAGACGAGAUUAUCUCGAAUAUCGGUUCGGUACCGUUCUCAGCGUCAACGCCCGUAACCAUUUCUUUGGCAUUAGACUUCCUUACUAUGUUUGGAUAGGCUGCUCUAAAGACAAUGGUGCCUCGACGGCGAAGCUUGCCGAGAUUGAUGCCGCUGCCACCGAAUCACCGUAUCUUUCUGCCUUAGAUCUGCAGACAGGACCGACGCCUACGGAUAUUGAAGUUAGGUCAAAGGCCUACGAGUCUGCGAUUGUGAACUUGCAGUCCAGUCUCCCUCUUCCCGCAACAUGGUACAUGUUUCCUCUCCCUGAUCGCGUAUAUAGCAUGCUGACAAGACCUAGGUACCAGAAUCACCACUGGCGCAUCCACUACGACGAUACCCUGCCCAAGCAUACCCGCUUCAAUGACUCCUACAUCUACGCUUUCACCUGGGAAGACGACCGCGCCGACGCCCGCCUCCUCAAAGUAACCCCCGACGACGUUGUCCUCGCCAUCACCUCUGCGGGCGACAACAUCCUCUCCUUCUGCCUCGAUUCCCCGCGCCGCGUCCACGCCGUCGACCUCAACCCCAGCCAAAACCACCUCUUCGAGCUCAAAGUCGCCGCCUUCUCCACCCUCCCCUACUCCGACAUCUGGAAACUCUUCGGCGAAGGCCGCCACCCUGAAUUCCGCGAUCUCUUGAUAGGGAAACUUAGCCCGCACAUGAGCAGCGCCGCCUUCCAAUACUGGCUCCACAACGGCCCUUGUGUCUUCCAAGACCCCAAGAGCAAAGGCCUCUACUACUCGGGCGGCUCAGGCAACGCGCUCAUGCUCGUGGGCUGGCUGUUCCGCGUCCUCGGCCUCUCCGAAGAAGUCAGAAAACUGUGUGCCGCGCAGACGCUCAACGAGCAGCGCGAGAUCUGGCAGCGCAGUAUCAAGACAGUACUCCACAGCAAGAUCCUGACAUGGACAGUUCUCAGUAACGAGAAGUGGCUCUGGAAAGCCCUCGGCGUGCCCCCUGCCCAACGCAACAUGAUCGAGUCUGACUUCAAAAAACAAGCAGACUUCGAUCUCGCCAACCCCUCAGCGCCCCAGGUUCCAUCUUCCGGAAACGCAGUCUACGAGUAUGUGCUGAAUACCUUCGAGCCCGUCGUCACCACCACCCUCCUCUCCACGUCAAAUCACUACUAUCUCCUCACCCUCCUGGGCCACUACACACCCAGCUCGCACCCAACCUACCUCUCCCCCAAGUCGCACCUCAAGCUCAGCAAGCCCUCCGCCUUCAACGGCCUGCGCAUCCACACGGACGAAAUUUCCGAAGUCAUCGCGCGCAUGCGCCCUGGUACGCUGACGAUUGUGGUGGUGAUGGAUAGCAUGGACUGGUUUCCGCCGAGUGGGAACCAGGCCCUGAAGCAGAUCCGCGCGCUGAAUAGGGCGUUGAAGGUCAGGGGACGCGUUAUGCUGAGGAGUGCGGGCCUGGAGCCGUGGUAUGUGGCCGUGUUUGGAGAGAAUGGGUUUUCGUGUCGCAGGGUUGCUGUGAGGGUGCCCGGGGCGUGUAUUGAUCGGUAAGUGUGCACUCUGCUCUCUUUUCUGACUAUGCCUUGGAGGAAUAGUGUGCUACUAAAGAGCGCGCAUGCUGACUGUGGUUAGGGUGAAUAUGUAUGCUUCCACCUGGAUCUGUAUGAAGGAGAAGAGUAUUGAGUCGGAGGAUGUGAAGCUCAAUCUUAGGAAGAGCUCGAUGGGUGAGCUAAAUAUCUAGAGAGGUCAAUUUUUCAAGAGGUUCGAGGUACGACAUGUUGCGGAUGAUACUUUUUCCUUCCCCGAUUUUCCACACGGGCUAAGCCCUUUUCGGCCGAUACUUUCUUUCUGCAUUCCUUUUCAUAUCACUAGAUUCUGGAGGCGGCUUACUGUCUAUACCAUUAUCACACUUUUCAUGGGUCGAUAUUAGCGUCGACCAAUAGGCGGCAUAGCACGUUCA